CUCCACCACCCCACCACAACCAACGCAACGAGGCGAGCACGACACGAACGGAGGAAGGGGCAGGGAACGGAUGGUGGGGCGAGAUCGGCGGCGGCUAUUCCCAAAACGCCAUCCGUCCAGAGAGUCGAAGGAAACGGGGCCAGGAUUUGCGGGCACAAAUACCAUCACCAGCCCGUCCCUCUCUCCCCACUGGAAGCUCCAAUCUAAACCGAGCCAAAGGAAGGAAGGAGGAGGGGGCCGGAUUGGAAACCCUCUUUCCAAUUCCUCCGUCCUCCUCUUCCUCCCUCCCUCCCAACCUCCCAACCUCAAUCCCUCUCCCUCUCCCUUGUCCCGCGGCAAGGACAAGGACAGGCAGUCGGGAAAGAGUGAUUCUUUGGCCGGCGGCGGGAGGGCGCCGCGCGCAAGAGGCGGCGAUUCCCCCCGCUCAUGCGCGGGCGUCCAGACACCGCUGACUGCCUUCUCCUAGCGCGCGCGUCGGGGAGGGUCGGGCGAGGAGGACUACGGGGAGGGGCGGCGGGCGAGAGGGGGCGUCGGGAGGAGCCAGCGCCAUAGCUCCCUCUUCUUUGAUGGGCAUUCCGUUCCAGCUCCAAUCCCAGCAGGGAAUACAGCAAGCGAAGGCCCUACUAGCAGAAAACAAAAUAAUGAUCAAAAAGGAAACUUCUCCAUCUGAACCUUUUGGGGGGCAACCUGCAAAAAAUGCAUCCACUCCGAAGCCAAAUAUGGCAACUGCUGCCAAGGUUAAUGCUAUGGUCGGAAAUAAGACAUGGUUUGGAGGGCUUUUCACUGGCUCAGGUAAAAAGCGUCAAGUCCAUGCCGAGAAGAACUUUGAAAUGACCCCUCUUCAGGAACAAAGGAUGCAAAAAUUAAAGGACAGACUAAACAUACCUUUUGACGAGACCCGACCGGAUCAUCUGACAUCCCUGAAGGCUCUUUGGAAAAAUUCCUUUCCUGAUACAGAGCUCACGAGCUUAGUUUCCGAACAGUGGAAAGAUAUGGGGUGGCAGGGCCCAAAUCCUGCAACUGAUUUCAGGGGCUGUGGAUUUGUCUCGCUUGAGAAUCUUCUAUUCUUCGCAAGAAGAUACCCGGCUUCUUUCCAGAAAUUGCUGCUGAAAACACAAGGAAUGCGAGCCACAUGGGAAUACCCCUUUGCGACAGCAGGCGUUAACGUCUCACACAUGUUGAUCCAACUGUUGGAGCUUAAUUCAGCUCGACCGAAAACUUUGCCGGGGAUUAACUUCGUCAGAAUGUUGUCCGAGCACGAGGACGUGUUCGACAUCCUAUACUGCAUAGCCUUCGAGAUGAUGGACGCUCAGUGGCUAGCGAUGCGCGCCUCCUACAUGCAGUUCAACGAUGUGCUGGAAGCGACGAAGGCGCAGCUGGAGAGGGAGCUGUCUCUGGAGGACCUCCUGCGGAUCCAGGACCUGCCAGCUUACAACCUCUUGUUGAAAUGAAAUAGGCUCGAGAAAAGAAAAGAAAAGAAAAACAAUAUAAACCUGGGGAAAAUGUAUGUUGGGUUCCUUCUCUCCUGUGUACUGACCGAUGAAACAGGCAGAGUUUUGGUAUGAAAGCCUGUGCGUUUUCAGCAUCACAGUCUGAACCAUGUUGUUUCUAAAGAGGAGCUGUUUGUGUGUUCCGUGUGCACAAUCCGCCCUAGGACGCUCACCCUGCAGGGCAUCGCGCACAAACCCUAUGACGACGAUCGGUCGCACCCACGCGGCGCGGGGCAUUUCGCUUUCUGUGCUUCUUCCUUGAUCCUGAAGCUGAGAAGCUAGAAUUCGCAAAAGUUCUUGUGGGGAUUUUCCUCUGCGCACGAAGACGGGCAGGCAUUCGGUAGCGGUCUGCGGAGGAUGCUGUUAGAUGGUGCUUGGUUUGUAGCUCUGGAUUUCAUCCGAGCUAUACUUUGUAAUAAACUUGCUGUGAUUUGUUCAAUGAAUUGCUGCCCAUUAUACCUUUAAAAAUAUAAGAAAGUGGAAUACAUGAUCGGAGGAAAUUUGA